UCCGCAGCACAGUUUCCAGCAAAUCCAGUACUAUUUGGUCAACUCCUCUUGGUCCCUGUUGUUUGUGCUGCAGAAGGCUCCUCUUCGUGCAGGCAGGGAUCCCGGCCUCUCCUUGCAAGCUCCUCCUAUCAAUUCUGUCCCUGCAGCUGCAAGUCUCUUAUACUCCAUCUGUUGGCUUCAUGGCUCAGUAUGACCUGCUCACCCCAUGUGUCACGCUUUUUGUGAGUGAGAUAUGGAGGCCGAUUAAGAAGCGCAUUGGCUACUGCCUCAAGCCUGCGACUCAUGUUUGUAAUCUGGAAAAGUCUGCUGUUGAUUUGGAAGACACCAUAGAUACUGUUCAGGACAAAAUCAAGGUGGGUGAACGUGCAGGCAAGAGACCGAGGACACAAACAACAAGGUGGAUUGAGAGUGCUCAAUCAGUUCAUGAUGAAUCACAGAGAAUCAAGAAUGACUAUGAGGCAAGGAGCACACAUGCAUUUGGUUGCUCCUGGAAUUGUAUCUCCAACUAUAGCAUCAGCAGUGCUGCUACCCAGAAGCUGAUUGAUGUUGAUGGCAUCAAGAGGAGAACUCCCCAGGAUGAUUCUAUGUUCUGUUUACUCCCACCAGUUGGCAGAGAGUUGCCUCUUCCACCCAACAUUGUGGGGCAAAAUGAGUACAAGGACAGGAUCCUAUAUUACAUUAGACAAGGCACAGUGAGAAUAAUUGGGAUAUGUGGCAUGGGUGGGUCCGGCAAAACUACUCUCCUAAAACAGGUAAACAACAUGUUCAGCUGCGCUGCAGAAACACAUGAAUUUGAUCAUGUCAUCUAUGUAGAAGUCGGCCAGCAGCAAAAUCUGAAGACAAUUCAGCAGAGUAUUGCAUCCCAGCUUGGCCUCACGCUAGCACAGGAUGAAAACACUCUGUCUAGAUCUGCAUCCCUUUACAGCUUCUUGAAGGAAAGGAAGUUCCUACUCUUGAUAGAUGAUCUUUGGCAGACACUGGACCUGGAGAAGGUUGGCAUACCACAUGGUUGCAGGAAAAUUGGCCCUCAAAAUAGGAAGAUGAUAAUAAUCACAACGCGUUUGCAACAAGUCUGUCAUAGUAUGAAAGUGCAAGAUCAGGUGAUUUUGUUAAAAAGACUGAAGUUUAAUGAAGCCUGGACCCUCUUCGAAGCGAAUGCAGGUGAUAGGCUAAACAAAAAUGCACAAAUCAGAUGUUAUGCCAAGAUCAUUGUGGAAAAGUGCGGAGGCCUUCCGCUUGCUCUUAAGAUAGUUGGUCAAGCUAUGGCUUCAAAAGAAAGUGAAAGUGAAUGGAAAUACGUUGUGAUGUUGCUUGAACAGUCGAAGUUCCACAAAGUUCCUGAUGCCGAGAGAGACUUAUAUUCUGUAUUGUAUAUUAGUUAUGACCACCUGCAGAAUGAGAGGACACAACAAUGCUUUCUUUUUUUUUGCCUUGACUAGUUACAAAUUAUAUCCAGUGCCAGAUAUAAUUGAAUUUUGGAUGGGACAUGGAUUACUGGAUGAAGAUGAAGAUGAUAUCGGAAACAACUACUUGAGAGGCCACUCUGUUGUUGAAUGCUUAAAAAGAGCUUGCCUGUUAGAAGAAUAUCCUCAACAGAAAAGGUUUUUGAGGAUGCAUGACUGCAUCCGAGAUCUGGCUCUUUGGAUUGUAGAAGAAAAACAAAUAAAUGGAGGUUACAAAAAGUGGCUACUGUCUGGCCCAAGGAAACCUGUGGAUCCAAAAGGUUGGAGCACUGCCGAAAGGAUUUGCCUCCGUGGUCCCUAUAAUGAUCUCCCUGAUUCUUGCAGUUGUCCCCGCCUGCUAACUCUCAUACUGCAAGGCUCUAAGAUUUCUAAGGUUCCUACAGGCUUUUUUGGAACUGCUCCAUCUCUCACUCACUUGGAUCUACGUUGUACUGACAUUCUAGAACUCCCAUCAGAUGUUGGAGCAUUAGUGAACUUGCAGCACCUUAAUCUUUCGAGCACGAAAAUCCAAUCACUCCCAGUCGAGCUCCAACUAUUGAAAAAAUUGAGAUACCUAUAUUUACAAUAUACACGGUAUCUCCAAACUAUCCCAGAUGGGACCAUAUCUGCACUAAGCAUGUUGAAGCUGCUAGAUCUAUACUCCAGUGGCUCAUUCCCAAAGGAAAAAACGUGGGCACACAUCGACGAUUUGGAAAGUCUUACCAGCUUGCGAUUUCUUGGGUUCAGCGUUGCUGAUAUUGAUUCACUUCACAGGAUUUUAACGUUAUCUAGAGCCUCCUUGAGAACCCUGGAAAUAAAAGGAAUGGAAGGCCUGAAAUGUCCCCAUGCUUCACCCAUUGAUGGUUUGGAGGGGUUUCAAAUUGACAAAACGAGGGUACAACAGCUGGAGACGCUUCGAGUGUGUGAAAUAGAAAGUUUGGAGGAGUUGGUGAUAGGUGAAACCAACGUGGAUUCAGAUUGGCACUUCCAAAGUCUUGUUGAACUCCGAUUGAUUGGCCUCCCAAAUCUGGAAAGUAUCAUAUGGAAAGGGGUGGUGCCUCGUGUUUUCCUUGCUGGACUUCGUAUGCUAGUGAUCGCCGACUGCCACAGCAUCAAGACAAUCACAUGGAUCAAGCAGCUGCCCUGCCUAGAAGAGCUAUAUUUGGUUAAGUGCAGCUCACUGAUGGAGUUAGUGAGUGAUGAUGAAGAAGGAAGCAUAUCAUCUGUAUCAGCUUCAUUUCCUCGUCUCAGACUCCUUGGACUGAGUGAACUCGGGAGCCUGCGGAACAUAGGUGAUAGCACAAUUGCAUUCCCGUGCUUGCAACGUUUGCUUGUGUACAAUUGCCCCAUGCUGACAAGAUUGCCACCCAAGAUACAAAGUGGAGAAUGUGUGCCGCAGACACUUGGUGAACAACAGUGGCGGAUCCAGCCCAGGCUAGGGAGGGGUGCUGGGCCUUUUGCUCUUCAGCAUUUUGGGCUGGGCCCGUGCUAUGUGAGAGGGAUUUUUAAAAAAUUUCUGAAUUUCCUCCUUUAUUUCUCUGUGCUUCGUGGGCUGAGCCCGUGCUGCAGCCCCCCAGCACGGGCCCUGAAUCCGCCCCUGGUGAACAAGACUGGUGGGAGAAACUAGGUUGGGAGGAUCCUAGCGUGAAAUCUACUUUAUUCUCUUUGUUCAGAGAACUACCUGCAAGUUUUGAAGGAAGUUUCGGACAAGUUGCUCUGGCAUUGUGGACUUGAAGCUGCAGUCUAGCUGCCUGAUCCUGAUCUCAUCUCAACAAAGAAAGGUUGAAGUCGUCUCUUAGAUGGUUGCAAUUCUUAAAAAAAAACGCUAAUAAAUGCCUGCUCUUUUUUUUUCUCAAUUCAUAAUUGAAAGCAGAGUACAAACUCUUGAUGAACAAAAUGCUUUCAAAAAAAUAAUGCUUUACUACGUAUUGAUAAAUUAUUAGCCAGUUAGUAAUAAAGUAAAUGUUUUUUUUUCAUUUGCCCGUUCGAUGAAUCUCCGUACCUUAUCUCUAUACUAAUCCCGCCGGGAAUCGGAGGCAUCUCCGCUUAUCGGUCCAUAGCCGUUCGAUGACAUCUGAGUCGCAUCCGCCCGCCCGUCCGCGUGCCCGCACACCCCGUCGUCUCCUCCGGCCAUCACCGCGGAGGCGCGCGUCAUGGACCGCCGGCGAGGAUGCCACGAAGCAGCGGUUCAAAUCAGGCGCAAGGAGAGGCCACAUCCAUGGGGAGAAGAGAGAAAUAGAGGUGGAGAGGCACGGGGAAUCCGUUUGCGACGAAAUCGGUCACCGGUGGCGGCGGAUCAGGGAGGUUGCUUCAUGGGAAGAGGGAGGAAGAGAGAGAACGAGGACCGAGGGGACUGGUGUCUGCGUGAGGAAGAAAGCAGCUGCGUGCGUGUGAGUAGACCAGAGGGGCCUCUCUUCUUUGUUUCUAUUUUCUUUUGCUUUUCUGUAAUAAUUUUGCUACACUAUCUCUAAUUAUUUGUGUGUGGCAUACUCUUCUAUUUAAAAAGUCUUUAAUGAGUCUCACAUGUAGACCCUCUUCACUCCUCCACGUGGCAUACACAUCUUCAAAGAGGAGGUGAGAGAGUAUAAGAGCCACAUGAGAAAGCUGGAGGGGCUGCUCUCAAGGCUGACCCCCUCGGCGGAGGAGU